AUGGAGCUGACUCCAAGCUUUCCCAUGGGCUCCUGGCUCCUCCUGGCCAUCAGCCUCGUGCUCCUCUACCUGUAUGGGACCCGCACCCACGGAUGGUUCAAGAAACUGGGGGUCCCGGGGCCGACCCCGCUGCCCUUUUUUGGAACUUUGCUGUCCUACCGGCAUGGGUUUUGGAUAUUUGACAUGGAUUGUUUUAAAAAGUAUGGGAAAGUGUGGGGGAUUUUUGAUGGCCCAUUGCCCGUGUUGGCUAUUACUGACCCAGACAUGAUCAAAACAGUCCUGGUGAAAGAAUGUUACUCUGUCUUCACAAACCGGCGGUCCCUGGGUCCACUAGGCCUUAUGAAAGAUGCUGUCUCUGUGUCUGAGGAUGAGCAGUGGAGGAGACUACGGGCAUUGCUGUCUCCAACCUUCACCAGUGGAAAACUCAAGGAGAUGUUCCCCAUCAUUGCCCAAUAUGGAGAUACGCUGGUGAGGAAUCUGAAGAAGAAGGCAGAUCAGGGCACAUCCAUCAACUUGAAAGUCGUGUUUGGAGCCUACAGCAUGGAUGUGAUCACCAGCACGUCAUUUGGAGUAAAUGUGGAUUCCCUCAACAACCCUAAAGAUCCCUUCGUGGAAAAUGCCCAGAAGCUCUUGAAAUUCAAUUUCCUUGAUCCAUUCCUGUUCUUCAUUACACUCUUCCCAUUCCUCACACCAAUAUGCGAACUGUUCAAUAUCUCUCUGUUUCCGAGAAGGGUCACUGAGUUUUUCAAAAAAUCCAUUCGAAGAAUGAAAGAAAGUCGGCUGAAAGCUAAUGGCCCGCAACGAAUGGACCUUCUUCAAUUGAUGCUCAACUCCCAGAAUUCCAAGGUAGUGGACACCCACAAAGCUAUGACUGACGAGGAGCUCAUAGCUCAGUCAAUAAUCUUUAUUUUUGCUGGUUAUGAGGCCACGAGCAACUCUCUUUCAUUCCUCAUGUAUUCCCUGGCCAUCCACCCUGACGUCCAGCUGAAACUGCAGCAGGAGAUCGAUGCCACUUUCCCAAAUAAGGCACCACUUACCUAUGACGCCCUGCUCCAGAUGGAAUACCUUGACAUGGUGGUGAACGAAACUCUCAGAUUAUAUCCAAUUGCUGGCCGAAUCGAGAGGUUCUGUAAGAAAGAUGUGGAGAUCAAUGGGCUGCUCAUCCCCAAAGGCACUGUGGUCAUGAUGCCCAACUUAGUUCUUCAUAAAGACCCAGAACUGUGGACAGAGCCCGAGGAGUUCCGUCCUGAAAGGUUCAGCAGUCAGAACAAGGACAGCAUCAAUCCUUAUGUCUACAUGCCCUUUGGAGCUGGUCCCCGGAACUGCAUUGGCAUGAGGUUUGCUCUCCUGAACCUGAAACUUGCUGUUGUCAAAACACUUCAGAACUUCACCUUCAAACCUUGUGCAGAAACACAGAUUCCUGUGAAAUUUGGAAAACAAGGAUUUAUUCAACCAGAGAAACCCAUCAUUCUAAAUAUUGAGCGCAGAUGA